AAUUGUCGAACAGAUUUCACAGAGUGAUUAGAUCCCUAACGGUAACGAAGGUCUUUUACCUGGUUAAAUACCUGCUGGUUGGGGGUGAGGAAAUUUUCUAGGCGAUUUUUGUGCGUCACGGUCAGUACGUACCGAUUCAUUGUGGAAGUAACAUCAAAAAGCGAUAUUUCAAAAUGGUAAAAUGGAUUGUGAGUCAGCAGCAAGCUCGUCAUGCGACAAUGUGACGGUGUCUGACGUGAAUGCACAAUUCGAUCUUUGGAGCUCGUGGAAAAUGUGCGAAUCUAUGCUGGAACAGAAAGGCUACAUGAAGAAAUCGUCAUCAAUCCAAACUUCCUUGGCCAUCACAGAAGUAGCAACCGAAAUGUAUAACCGCAUUGUUGCUAUGAUGGAUGAAGUGGAACUGGCGGACGACGAAGAGGUGAUACUUCCGGAUGACGAUGUGGGUGACGAUUUUGAAUCGCUAUCAGAGCCCACUUCCGACGAAGAAGUAAAAAAUAUGUGGGAAGACACGUCAUCGGUCUGUCCAGAACAUGAGCGAGAUUUUAUACCGUUAGAAUACAAAAAGAAAGUGGUCGCCAUGGCAAGAGCAUAUCCGAAAUGGUCUCUCGCGACACUCCAAAAAAAAGGUGCUUCGUUAUUAAGAAAGAAGGUCUUGUUAAAAACUUGGGAAGCAGAUAUUGCCGCUGGUAGAACGUUAUUCGAUAAAUAUGCAGCUAUCAACGAUUUGACGUUCAAGCGAUUUGAAGAAGCCAGAAAUAAUCUGGAGCAAGUAACUCCCACAAUGUUGCAGCAGUGGGCAUUAAAUUAUGCACGGGAAUUGAAUUACAAUAAAUUCACAGGGAGUGUACGGAACAAUUUAUUGGCGAUCCUGCCAGGAUCUUCACAUCCUAACUCGAUAAGCAGAAGCGCUGAGGCACCUCACCGCGACGAGACCCAACAACAGAAAAGGAAACCAUCAAUGCUGGAGUAUUGCAUGUAA